AUGGCCAGUCUCUAUAACGAAAAUGGAAUUCUUACUGAAGACAGUGUGGAACAAAUUACAGACAACGUGGAGUUACACGCCAAUACCGGAAAUCAUUGGGAUGAAUUACUGAAAGACAUAGAAGAUUUAUCCCCAGCACAGAUGAUGGAGGUACAAGAAGAAAUCGAAAGACUGGAAUGUAAAUAUAAAAACUUAAAUGCUAAGAUGGACAGUUUGAAAGGCAAGGCUGAUUGCGUGAAAGCUGUACUCAAUAGAGUUGAACAGAAUGUUGGUGAAGUUAAAGACAGAGUCGUAGAUAUGGAGAAUGAAGUUGGUGUCGUUAUGCAGCAGAUCGAUUGUGUAGAAUAUCUUGUGGAGAAUGUCGCUGUCAAUGGACCUCUUGUUGGCGUCAAGCGUAUGGUUGGUUGUUCAUGAUGCUGGCUGGAGAUUUCCUAACAGCAUGAGGGGAUAGACGAUAGGUAAAUAUGUGUAGAAGAACCUGUAUGCACAAGCUAAACAGUCAGACAACACAGAAGAGGCCGUAAAACAGUUCAAAAUAACACAAGAGGAAACUAAAAGGGCGAUGGUCGUCGUCGUAUACAACGUGUGUAAAAUACAUUGUUUACAUGAAAUUCGAGCAUGCGUUGUGCGACGACCUCCGCGCUUUAAUUUAUUACACAUUAGUUGUAACCUAGGACGCCCCAACAAAUAAUGGACAAAAUAAAAAGGUUGUUUGGAGUUUUUAUUAAUUAGUGACCAAAAAUCAAUUUGUCCAAUUUAGCAGUCAAAUUGAUUGAUGCAAAAUAGAAUUAUGUUUCAAAAGUGGUUGAUAUUUUUUAGAUUAAUUGAAGGUUUUAACAAUCAUAAACUGCCCCACGAUUGUGGGAAUAAAUACAUCACCAGGAGUUUGAAUUAAUAUUUGUAAUUUUUCUAUAAAUCAAUAAAGAUAACAAAGAGACUAGAA